AUGGAGGAUAAUGAAGAGAGAGCAUGGAGUUUCAUGUACUCCAUCUGGAGAAGCAGUGAUGCUCAUGUGCUAACGGGCGAAUGGAGCAAGUUUGUGAAGGAGAAGAGCUUGGAAGCAGGAGACGUGAUUUGUUUUUCUCGUUCAACUGGGCCAGACAAGCGGCUUUUCAUGGACUGGAAGCCCCGAAUCCAGUCGGGUAUAGCAGAACUAUCACCACUCAGAAUUACUCAAAAGGAACAAACAGUCAGGCUAUUUGGGGUUAAUAUCUCAAUAACCCAACCAAAUUAA